AUGUAAAAUAAUAAUUGUUUGUUUUGUGAAAAAUAAAGAUUAGAUGGAGCCAUUAAUUAUCCAGCUCUAUUAUAAACAGUAUCAAUUCAAUCUAUCAAGAGGCAUUAUUUUUAAAGUACAAUACUUAAGAUGAAAUGACAAUAGAUGAUCUUAUUAAACAUUCUCAUAAAAAAUGGGUGAUAGAUUAUUAUGAGAAAUCAUAGGAGAUAUUAGAUUAAGAAUUUCUUAAGAAAUAUUAUGGAUAUCAUUAGAUCACAUUUAAAUUAAUUGAUUUAACUGAAUACUACAAAUACAGAUUAGAUACACCUAAUAUGUUUAUGCUCCCAAUAUUUAAGUUAAUGAAAAAUUACAAUAAAUUACGAAAGUAUCAUCUUCAAUAUUUAGAGAGUAUCAUAACACAUAAAUCAAAUAUAAAUUAAAAAUAUUGGUACCUUAAAAUAAUAAUAAUAAAGUAGAUAUAAAAUAUACACAAAUAUUACAAUUAACAAUGUCUAAAUAAGAAGAAGAAUAGUAAUCAUUGAUUUCUCUCUUAAAUAAAUUCUAACCAUAAUAAAUUACAAUUCCUAAAUAAAUAAAAUCAUAUACUCAAUAAUCAAAUUAAUCUACUACUAAAUUAUCAAAUAAACCAUUAAUCAAAUAAAAUGAAUAAGCAAGCAAAAAACUUAAAUCUCUUUUAAAUGGAGAAAUACUAUAACAAUAAUAAUUAUUGCCUCAAUAAUAAUAAUAAUCAAUUAAAAGAGGAUAAUCAAAAUCUCAUUCAAAUAUUAAAUUUCAUACUCUUAAUAGUGUUAAUAUUAAUAAUUCAAAAAAAAUGAGUAUACCAUCCAAUAAAUCAAAUCUAUAACCAAUUAAAAUAUAAGGAUAAAGCAAAUUUGGAUCUUAGGUUGACAUAAUUAACAAUAUUUAUUAAUAGAAAAGUAAUUCUAUUGUUAAAACAAGAUAACAAAGAAAAUUAAAUUAAUUAUUUUAUAAAUGAUUAUAUUAUUUGCAUUAUUCUUACUCUAAGUUUAAGCCAUUUAUAUUUUACAUACCAAAGGAAUUUCAAUUAAUCAAUUAGAUUAUUUUGUAAUUGAAUUAAAUCAAACUGGUUAUAAAGUGAAGUCACAAAUUGCACAUAAUGGAUCAUUUACAAUAUCCAAACUCUAUAAUGAUUCUGCUUUAUUUGAUAUAUUCGUUCUAGAUCAAACUGGAUAUAAUUGCUAUUUAUAAGCCUAUUAUAAUAGUUCUUGGGAAACAGAAUGUUUUUUCCUAUUUAAUUCGAGUUAAGCAAGUCUCAAUAAUUUUGAAUAUCAAAAAGACUAUCCUGUAGCAGAUGCACAAAUAUAUUUAGUUAUUGAUAACACUCCUUUCCCUCAAAAUGGAGCUUAUUUUGCUGAUAGAUUGUAUUUACAAUUAGAUUAUAUUUAAUUAAUCUAACCAAUACCAACCUAUUAUUAAGUCACAAUAAAAAGUAUAUUAUUUCAUAAAUAUAGUCACAAUUGUAUUUGUAGGAGUCUUAAUUUGUUUUAGUAUUUGGUGUUUGAUAUUAAGUUUAAAGUAUAGAAAAGAAACAAAACAUAAGGAAUCCAUAGAAAGGAAUAAAUUAAAUAAUACCUUAUCACCUUUAAAGUAAUAUAAAUGA